CUCCAUCCAACACAGGACAUUAGCUGCUACAACGUGGGAAACGCAGACUGUGAAAGAGCCCCAGUUCUCCGAUGCAGUGUGGCGGGCGUCAACUCUAAGGUUCUUCCAGGGGUCUUGGUAUUUUCAAGAUUUGGUGGUUUUGCCAUUGGCCAUGAACGCAGCAUGACACAACAACGAAGAUGGCGUGUUGUGGAAACUGUUUUUGUUGCCAAUGUUGCUGCAGAGAAGGAGAGACACGGACACCAGAAGAACUGACAAUCCUUGGGCAAAUCCGAGAUGAAGAAGAUGAGAUUCUACCCAGGAAAGACUAUGAGAGCUUGGAUUAUGACCGCUGCAUCAAUGAGCCCUAUGUGGAUGUUCUGGAGGGGAUGGACAACAGGAAAGCUAAAAAAUAUGAAGCAGUACGGUGGAUGAUGGUGUUCACUAUUGGAGUCACAGUGGGUCUGGUGGGUCUGUUUGUGGAUUUCUUUGUACGCCUCUUCACCAAAAUCAAAUUUACUCUGGUCGGUGAUUCUGUAGAGAAGUGCAGUGACAAAGGCUGUCUUCCUCUCUCUCUGCUUGAGCUCCUGGCAUUCAAUAUGACCUUUGUCUUCAUUGCCAGUGUGCUCGUCCUCAUUGAGCCAGUAGCUACAGGUUCGGGGAUCCCAGAAAUUAAAAGUUACUUGAAUGGUGUGAAAAUUCCUGGAAUUGUCCGGCUGCGAACUUUUCUGUGCAAGGCUGCUGGAGUUCUGUUCAGUGUGGCUGGAGGUCUGUUUGUGGGCAAAGAAGGUCCGAUGAUACACAGUGGAGCCAUUGUUGGAGCUGGCCUUCCUCAGUUUCAGAGUAUCACUUUCAAGAGGAUCAAAUUAGAUAUUCCCUAUUUCCGCAGUGACAGGGACAAGCGGGACUUUGUGUCAGCGGGUGCUGCUGCUGGAGUAGCUGCUGCCUUUGGUGCUCCUAUAGGUGGCACCCUCUUCAGUCUGGAGGAGGGCUCCUCUUUUUGGAACCAGGCCCUCACUUGGAAAGUGCUCUUCUGUUCUAUGUCAGCUACUUUCACCCUCAACUUCUUCCGUUCAGGGAUCAACUUCAACAAGUGGGGCUCCUUCCAGCUGCCUGGUCUGCUCAACUUUGGAGAGUUCAAGUGUCCAGAUGGAGAUAAGAACUGCCACCUGUGGACAGCUGUGGACCUUGCCUUCUUUGUCCUGAUGGGGGUGGUGGGCGGCCUGCUGGGGGCACUCUUCAACUGCAUGAACAAGUGCCUGGCCAAGUAUCGAAUCAGACACAUCCACCCAAAGGCGAAGUUUAUCAGAGUUUUAGAGAGUCUUCUGGUUUCCAUGGUGACAACAGUUGUGAUAUUUGCAGCUUCCAUGCUGUUGGGCGAAUGUCGUGACCUUUCCUCCCCCACAACUCAUAACACCACACUGUCUGGCAGUGAGGACAUCAAUUCGACCAUCCGCCAGUUCUUCUGCAACAACAAGACCUACAAUGACAUGGCCACGUUGUUCUUCAACCCACAGGAGGCUGCCAUCCACCAGCUCUUCCACCAGGAUGGUACCUUCAGCCCUGUGACUCUGACAGUGUUCUUCCUGCUGUACUUCCUGUUGGCCUGUUGGACCUAUGGUGUGUCUGUACCCAGCGGUCUCUUUGUCCCCACAUUGCUCUGUGGGGCAGCUUUUGGACGUCUGGUUGCCAACAUCCUCAAAGUGAAACUAGGAAUGGACAUCUACUCAGGGACCUUUGCUCUCAUUGGAGCCGCCGCCUUCCUCGGAGGAGUGGUCAGAAUGACCAUCAGUCUGACUGUCAUCCUCAUUGAAUCCACCAAUGAAAUCACAUACGGGCUGCCCAUCAUGAUCACUCUAAUGGUUGCCAAGUGGACUGGAGAUUUCUUCAACAAGGGCAUCUAUGAUAUCCACAUCCAGCUAAGAGGAGUGCCACUGCUGGAGUGGGAAACUGAGGUUGAGAUGGACAAGCUGACAGCCAGUGAUAUCAUGGAGCCCAACUUGACCUACGUUUACCCCCACACCCGUGUCCAGUCUCUAGUCAGCAUCCUGCGCACCACUGUCUACCACGCCUUUCCUGUGGUCACUGAAAACCGACAGAAUGAGCGGGACUUCAUGAAGGGCAACAUCUUGGUUAGCAACAACAUCCGCUUCAAGAAAUCCAGUGUUGUGUCCCGUGCGGGGGAACAGCGGCGGCGCUGCCAGUCCAUGAAGUCAUACCCAUCCAGUGAGCUGAGGAAUGUUUGUGACGAACAGAAUGCAGGGGUAGAGCCUGCAGAGGAGGGAGAGGACCUUCUGCAGCAAAUGUUAGAGAGGAGGCAUGCUCCCUACCCCAACCUGUACCCAGAUCAGUCUCCCAGUGAGGAGUGGACCAUGGAGGAGCGCUUCAGACCACUCACCUUCCACGGCCUAAUCCUGCGCUCUCAGCUGGUCAACCUGCUCAUCAGAGGGGUCUGCUAUGCUGAGAACCAAUCAAGUGCCACUCAGCCCAGGUUGUCUUAUGCAGAGCUGACUGAAGAUUACCCACGUUAUCCUGACAUCCAUGACUUGGACCUUGCCCUGCUCAACCCCCGCAUGAUAGUGGAUGUCACCCCCUACAUGAACCCAUGUCCCUACACAGUGUCACCCAACACCCGCAUAUCCCAGGUGUUCAACCUGUUCAGGACCAUGGGCCUGCGACACUUACCAGUGGUCAAUGCUGUUGGAGAAAUUGUUGGAAUAAUCACAAGACAUAAUUUAACCCACGAGUUCCUUGUGGCCAAACUGCGACAGCACUACAUCACUGUUUGACCCGACUCAGGACGUCCUACUGUCCUUCGAAUCCAAAGUCUGUUCAGACUGUUCCUGAGCCUUUGUCUCUUUUCAUUCGUAAUAGCAUGUAGGGAUUCCCAAACACAUGCUGGACAUUCACAAGCAUGCACACAUUUGCUAUGGUACAGUAGGGAACACAGUUCUCCAGUUACUGAAACCAUUCAGUUGUUUUCCACCCAAGUCUUACAUUUUCAGUGUUGAGGAAUUGUCAGCCUUCCUCCAGCCUGACUUCAGAUCUGAUGGCAUCAAUGGUGGGACUGAACAAAUAAAUGGUGGAUGAAAUAGAACCAUAUUUGACAUCACCAUGUUGAUUCGUAUAGAAAAAAUUUAAAAAGUUAUAAAAUAUCCACCAAAUGAUCCAAAUUGAUGGCUGAUAAUUCACAACACUUGUUUUAUAUUCAGACUGAGCGACAGUACUAAGGACAGGACGCUCUGUUGUGACACACAACACUAGAGAGUCUGAAAGCAUUAAGCUUGAAGCAUUAGCAAUUGAUGCAGUUAUUUUGGUGACUUCAAUGUAAUAAUCACAUCAACUAAUUUCGUUUUUCUCAAUUGUUAACAUAAUUGGGGAAACUACUAAUAAAAGUGAUUUUUCUCCAUCAGGUCAGCAAGAUACCCUUGCUAGCAGCAGCACACUCUGUUGUUUGUUGAUUGUGCCAACAUGAAUCAUAUUCAUAUCAUAUUCAUUCAACUUUAGUUCUGCAUCACAUUUUUCUCCCAGGUCCCCCACCAAAGCUUCUGUGUCCACUGACAAUUAAAUUGAGAGGACAGAUACUUCAAAAAUUAGAUAUUCAAUCUGUAAUCUGUUCAACCGACAAUGAGAAAAACAGGAAAUGCUCUGUCUAUCUUACACAGUGCAUGCCCCUGUUAGUAAACUUUGCUAAUGUGCUUUCUUUAUGCUAACACAAAAUGGAGAAAAGUAGCAAGCUGUGCUGCACAGAUACUAUCAUCAUGAAUCACCUGAAAAGUAAUUUGAAGAGACAGUUUAUUUUUGACACUACAGAUGGAAAAACCUUAGAUAAAGGUAAGGCUGUUUGCUGCAUCUGCAUCUAAGAGUAAGACAAGUACAUGUUACUUUGAAUUAACCUGAAUCUGAUUGUUUGAAAAAGCAAUGGCUCCAGUGACUCGUUGAUGGUGUUACUAACAGUUUAAAGGCUGCGGUACAACAAACUACCAAAAUGAAAUAUGACAGUUUCCUUACUACCUUCAGAGUCUUUCUUUUGAUCUUUUGAUGAUGCUUUAUCAUUAUUGUCACUGUAGCACUUUUAUUUUUGACUGUUGUCCGUACAUUUUAAUCUUCUGUGUAAGUAACUGGAAUAUAUGCACUAAAAGCAGGCUCACAUUCCCUCAUGGCCUGCAACUAAACUAGACUUCAGUAGUCCUAGUUUAGUGCAGACCAAGUUAAACAUACAGUAACAUUUCUAACCACUUCAGCAGUCUGUAAAUACAUUACGAUUGUUUUGCACCUAUGAUAUGUAGUAGUAUUUUCACUGUCAUUCAGUCAGUUCAGUGUAAGAAUGUGCCAGUGUAUUUGACAGUCUGCGAUUACUGUAUAUUGACCAAGGUUUUGUUAUGUAAUAGGGAAUUGAAAGGACUGGAUUUUUGAAAGGCAGACUGCAAAAAUCCUGUUUUAGUAAAACUAAUGUGUAAACUAUUUCAUGUUAGUACUCUGCUAUUAGAUUUUCAGCAAUAUAGUAUCUUUCUGGUCCAUUUCCCUAGUAUGUCAUUUCAUUGUUAUUCCUAAAAGGGAAUAUAAAUGUGACUCAGAGCAAAGGCGAGUAAAAGUCCACUGUAUAUCACAUUAAUGGAUUAUUAGAAACCAUGAUGGCACAUAUACAGUAUGUACAUCAAACAUCCCUUACAUGUUUCUUAUCUCUAGUUUAUUUUUAUUUAAGAGAUUAUUUUUUUAUACGAUUUUAUUUUUAUGAUUUGCUGCCUGUGCUGUGAUUCAGUGUCAUGCAGUUGCAUUUCAAAAUGGACCAAGGUUGUCCUGGAUAAUAUUAUUGUUUAUAGUCUAAGCUUUGCUCACUUGUUAUUUUACAAUUAUUUUUAUUUUACCCAUUUUAAAUACUACAUAUGGCAUGGCAGGUGUUGUGUAGAAUAUGAUAUUAAGAGGAACAGUGUAUAGUAUGUCCUACCGUGAAGCUAGACCUGACGGACUGUUUGCCAAAUACUUUUCGUGUCAUAUGACUUAUAUGAGGAUUUAGACCAUGCCCUCUCCUUGUUUAGGAAUUUGUAGUUUCUACAAAUGUAGAGAACUGGCACAUGGCAAAAAAAGCUGCAGCCAUGGAACAAAAAAGCAGAGAGAACUCUUCCUUGUGCCUUUAUUAUUGUUCAAACGAAGGUCCUUCUGUUUUGUCAAACAUACAUAUAAUAUAUACAAAUAUGUCUGCAUGUCUUUUUGUACAAACGACAUAAAUGAGGCUAUACAUACUAAUUCCAGACUAAUUAAUGUAUGAAAUGUAGUCACUAGAGCUAAGAGGGUUCGGCGAUUAAAUGAUGUGUGAACCUAUAAAUCAAGAAAAUAAUAAGCAGUUUAAUAAAUAGUGAUAAUUGUUAGGUGCAGCAAAAGUGGUCAUGGUGAAAAAGUGACUAUUUGAAGUAUACUGAAACUGGACGGUAAGCAUACUACAGAUGAUUUCAAUAUAUGCUGGUGAUGAACAAUAUUUUCCCACAGUGCAAUGCACAAGGAAAAUGGAGGAGCUGCAGAAAAAAAACAAAACUUGUAAGUGAUGAUGAGAUAGCACCAGAAAUCAAAAAUUUAUGUAGGUAUUCUUAACAAGGGUGUUUUUUUUCUCUUUGUGUAGUUGAAUUGGCAGUGACAUGCAAUGUGGCAAAUAUUGUAAAAUGUCUGUCAAAAGAAAAGUUUGAUUUUUAAUCAUACUAGCGGUAUGAUUAGAGCUGGCAUGCUCAAUCUGUCGGUCCACCACAUUUCAUCAGGUCAAAAUGUUAAUUUGUUGACUACUUUGGUUCAUGACUAAAUACCUGCAGAACUAAUGACGUUCCCAGCAGCCUCAGCUGUACUUUGUGUUCAAUGCUAAUUAGCAAAUGUUAGCAUGCUAAAAUGCUUAACUAAGAUGGUGAGCAUUAUACCAUCAGCAUUUUAUUUUCAUUGUGAACAUGUUAGCGUGCUAAUGCUAGCAUAUAGCUCCAAGCACCACUGUGCUUAGAGCUACUGUAUAAGUACAGCCUAACAGACUGUAUCUGAAAUAAAACCCUAUUUACUAUAUGCACUAUAUUUACUGGCAUUCAUUUUAUUUUGAUGUCUGAAUUAUGUGUGUGUAAAUUUAUCCACUAUGUAGUACUCAGAAACUAAAUUUUUUUUAGGUGUGAAAAUUACUGUUGUUAUACCUGUCAGUGAUGACACAAAAUGAUGAUGAUUGGUCCAAAGUCCAGAGUGUCUUUACAGUACAACCCAAAAUUACAGUGUAAUUUCACUGUAUGAAUCAGGUACCUAUAAAAUACUUACCAUUUCCAACAGAUACUUAAAUUUAGGUACAGUGGAAAAAGACAAGAAUGUGGGGAACAAGGGAGGAACAUCUGGACAUUUACUCUACAUAUACUGUUAAGUAUUUUUGUAAAUUGGGUACCCACAGGGCACAAUUCUGGGAAACAAAACUGAAGUUUUAGAUAGAUAGAUAGAUAGGAAAUUUUGACACUUUGGUGAGUUUGGUAGAUUUAAGAUUGUAUAGUUACUCUGGUACCAAGGUGCAGGCAACAAGCCUGACUACUUAGGUGUGUUAAAUUUUUUUGAAACUGCUGGCACAUAUUUAAAAAAGGUUUAUGAAUUGUAACUAAUGGCGUCACUAAUGCGGACAA